GAAUACGAACACUUCGUUAACCUUGUCAUCAAAGUAUGCAAAAUAGAUCGACGGCAUUAACUAUAGCCUUCCAAAUAAUUUAAGCUUAACAUUAAAUUCACUUUGUUCGUAGCACCUCUACGUUAAGAGCUACGGGUUUGGUACAGUUAUGACUCGGAGACUGCGCGAAUUCAGUACCCCGCGAACCUCCGUACAGAACGGCCGUGUUGUGUCAGUGACGUUCCAAUCUGCGCUUUGCGCGGCAAAUGUGAUUUAAAAAAAAACGGUGAGUGCGGUGUUCCAUUGUUUUUUUAAUCGGUGUCCUGUGGAAGUGCUGGCCAUAAUUGUCGCAUGCGACGGCUUCUUUUGAGAGGUUAUUGCUGUCGACAGUCUGUCACUAGCUGUUUGUGAGAAGGCAAAAGGUAUGCGGGCUCGGACGGUCCCCGCUACCUUGCUAGUGCUGCUCAUCGCAAUAGGCACGCUGCACGCCAAUCGGCGAAAACAAAAAGACAAAUACGUGCCAACAACCAUCAACAUAUGCGACAUCAGCGACCGAGACUCCAAAGUACACUGCUACUGCGAACACAGCCAGGAAAUCAACGAAGCACUAAAAACAGAAUGCUGGGUCUUCAACGGCGGUAUACAGAAAUCAGACCCGCUAUGGACGAGCUUCUCUUCCCAGUCAAAUAUAGAAACCCUGGCGUUCAACGUCCGGGCAGACGGCGGAUUAGACUUCGUCCCUUCAAAAGUACUAAGAUACUUGAGAAGAUUGAAGCAUUUCAGCAUUAAGUACAGCUCAAUACCAAAAAUAGACACAAACACAUUCAUGAAUUUAACCUCAGUGCAGGAGAUGACGCUGACAAAAAACCAGAUUAUUGUUCUAAAUAAACAUGCGUUCAACAAUCUUCCUAACUUGACCGUGCUGACGCUUGACGAAAACAAAAUAAAAGAAUUGGUGACGGAGACUUUUUAUGAACUCCCAGUGUUGCAGAAACUGUAUCUAACUAAUAAUAGUAUAAGUGUGAUCCAAGAUGGCGCGUUCAGACAUCUUGUUAACUUAGCCGAGUUAGAGUUGGAUAGGAAUAAUAUAGUAACUCUUAAGAAAGAGUGUUUCGACGGUUUGGCCAAUCUGAAGCGGCUCGAUUUGAGGAAAAACAAAUUAGCCGUUCUCGAGUCGUUCACUUUCACUGAACUGUGGAAUCUCCAGGAAUUGCUAUUAGACUAUAAUGAAAUUUAUAUUUUGGCACAAAGGACUUUUGAUGGAUUAUCUCUGUUAAAGAAAUUAAGUUUAAGUCAUAACAAGCUAGUGACCCUCGCUGGAGGUCUCUUUGAGGGAGUACGAGGGUUGUCCGCCCUUGAUUUAAGACAUAACAAACUACAGAGAUUCACAAUGGACAAUCUACGCCCAAUUUAUGAUAACCUAAAAAAUCAGAACAGCUACAUCAAUCUAGAUGGGAAUGAUUUCAACUGCGAUUGCCACCUGGCCUGGAUGCACAAGCUCCGACAUGAAGCCAGCAGCAUCAAAGUACGCACCUCCCUAGAGAAAUUCGUCUGCAAAUUCAACUCUAAUCCCUCCCUCAACGCGCACUUCGCUUACUUCGAAUCCAACGCCAUCAACUCAAACAUUUUACCGGAGAACGAUGACAAAAGUCAAAUAAAAGAUUAUUCCGACGAGCCGGAUGAUUUUUUUCACGAGGAAAUCGAUGACACUGAUGAACCUAAAUUGACGAAAGGUGAGAACGAGAGGACGUUACUGCAGAUACCGGUGGAGUUACUGCCGUGCCCGCAGGACGUGAAGAGUGUCACAGACAGAACAUACACGUAUCCGUCUCAGAACGAGGCCAAAGACUACAGAAACCUCAUUCAGCCGUCGACGGCGAGCGCGCCGCAACUUAUAUUAAAUUCCGCACUCCCAGCGCUGUCUUUUCUUAUGUUACUCAGAUACGGUUGAAGGGUAAUGAAAAUUUGCCGUAUUUCUAAUGUUUUGGACCAGUCACUUUGUAAAGUAAAAGAGAAGUUAAGAGUUUCCAUAAAUUACGGUUUGUAUACUUGUUCUGUCGACGUCAUUUCGUUUGUAUUCUUCCAUUUGAAACGUUUUGAAAGGAAUAUUAAAUUGUUUCGAGAGAUCACUUUCUCGUUUGUUCGGAACUUCACGGGAAUGUAAAUUUUAAUGAAAAUUUUAUAAAGAAAUGUGAUAUAAUUAUAAGUAAUGUAACUCUUAACGAUAAUUUCUAAGGGCAAAACUUUAAUGUACCUACCUACUUUUCUAAAGAGAAAAUGACAUUUCGUAAUGUAAAUAUAGUUGGUAAGAAUUUUGGCUUAUUUUUCUUGUUACUAAUAUUAUUGAAAAUCUGUAAAAUAUAUGUGGAGCGUUAUAAUCCUUACCGUAUUUCUUGUUAUCUUUAAUAUGGUAAUUAUGAGAUUA